GUGGAUGUGGUCUGACAGUAUUUAGUUACAAAAUCCACUUGGUUAACUUUAAGGAAAGAAUUUGUGUUAACAUUAUCUCCUUAACCUGGUGUGUGGGGUUGAAGUUACGACUUGCCCACUAAUCUCGCGAGUCAAUAACGCUCCAGUGACCUGCCGUAACAAGCUGAAAUGAAGACACUAGUUGUGGGAAUUGGCGGGAUGACAAAUGGAGGGAAAUCCACUCUCUCUAAGAGUCUACCUGAGCAGAUACCCAACAGCUGCAUCAUUGCACAGGAUUCAUUUUUUAAGGAUGAUUCUGUGGUGCCAGUGGACAGCAACGGGUUUAAGCAAUAUGACACGCUCGAUGCUCUCCACAUGGACAAAAUGAUGAGUGAGGUUGAAUCAUGGCAAAGAGAUCCUGAAUUGUUCUUGAGGGGACGAGGACUGACAUCAGAGCGCACAUCGCUGUUGGGCAAUGAGGAGGUAUUUGUGUUGAUCAUCGAGGGAUUCCUGAUUUUCAACUACAGGCCCUUGAAUGAGCUAUUUGACAAAAGAUACUUCAUGGAAAUACCUUAUGAUGUCUGCAAGAUCAGACGGAGUUCCAGGGUCUACACGCCCCCUGAUCCUUCUGGAUACUUUGAUGGAUACGUGUGGCCGAUGUACCUAAAAAACCGCGAGGUGAUGCAGAGUAUGGUGUCAGGAAUUGUAUUUCUGGAUGGACUGAAGUCAAAGGAGGAGCUGCUGGCUGCUGUGUAUAAAGAUGUUAGUCAGGAAACAAAAAGGCUCACGGGUAAAAAAAGACAUUGUUCGAUUUAUUGACCCUCUGAAAAUGAUGACUGCUACUGGAGCGGAUGUCAAGAAAGUUAGUUGUUUGAACUAAAGUGCGACUGAAAGGAUCAAACCAAAUAACUUUUUAAUGUUACAGGACUACAUUUCAAAUUGAAAGAAACAUGGUGAAAAUAAACUGAUACUGUAGCGUUUCAAAAUUGUCCAGCUGGAGAUUGGACAGACACUGCCAGAACCACAGUAAACUCAAUGUCUUUACUACUACAUGCAGUAUUUCCUCCUUUGAGAUUACAAAGGAGGAAACCUAAAUAUAUGAAGAAUGUUAUGUAAUGUCUUAACAGUGUUUAUCUCUCAAUGCAUUUUUUAAUGUACAGGAGGAUUUUGAUCUUAAAGUCAGACUUAUCUGUAUAUUGUAUAUACACAUACCAUUAACAAGUGAUUUAACCUCAGAUUACCAAAUACAUAAAGUGUGCAUCAUCAUUUAAAAGACUCAUAUUUGUAUAUUAUGAAUAUUAAACAGUUAUCAUUGGAUAAUGUGAUUUGAUGAGCAUCUUUUUUGUUUGUUCUCUAACUAUAAUCUGAAUUUAAAACUCAGCAAACUAUAAGAAAAGACACAUAUGAGUAGAAAUGUUGUGUAUUUGCA